AUGCAGAGCAGCUCCCAAGAAAUCGUGGAUAUGUCCACAGAUCCGGAGAUCGAUGAGUCGUUGUACAGUCGACAACUGUACGUCCUUGGCCAUGAAGCUAUGAAGCGCAUGGUAACUUCGAAUGUUCUCAUUGUCGGGCUCAAGGGUUUAGGUGCUGAAAUCUCUAAAAAUGUGGCCCUUGCCGGUGUCAAAUCCCUCACCCUUUACGAUCCUAUCCCUACCGCUAUCUCCGACCUCUCUUCGCAGUUUUUCCUCACCCCGCAAGAUAUAGGCAAACCCCGUGACCAAGCUACGGCCUCCCGUGUUGCAGAGCUGAACGCAUACACACCUGUGCAUGUCCUUGGUACGCAGAGUCUGACAGAGGAUCUAUCGCAGCUCAAAAAAUAUCAGGUUGUUGUUCUGACGAGCACACCUCUGCGGGACCAGCUUGUGAUCGCCGAAUAUUGUCAUCAGAAUAAUAUCUAUGUCAUUAUUACGGACACAUUUGGUUUAUUUGGCUACAUUUUCACCGACUUCGGGGAGAAUUUCACAGUGGUAGACCCCACCGGAGAAGAUCCUACGAGUGGUAUCGUUGCUGGGAUUACCGAGGAGGGACUUGUGUCUGCUUCUGAUGAGACUAGGCACGGACUAGGAGAAGAUGACUACGUCACUUUUACUGAGGUCAAGGGUAUGGAAAAGCUCAAUAACGCAGAACCUCGUAAAGUCGACAUUAAAGGUCCAUACACCUUCUCCAUUGGCGAUGUUUCUGGGUUGGGGACUUAUCACAGCGGCGGCAUAUAUACUCAAGUCAAGAUGCCCAAGACGCUCCACUUCAAGUCCUUAGAACAGCAGCUUAAGGACCCCCAAUUUCUCGUUACCGAUUUUAUGAAGGCUGAUCGCCCGGCUAAGCUCCAUCUUGGCAUUCAAGCACUUCACAAAUUCGCAGAGAAUCAUGGUGGAAAAUUCCCCCGACCUCACAGUGAUAGUGAUGCCCAGGAAGUCAUUAAGAUUGCCUCUAGCAUUGGAACGGAAGUUGACGAAGCACUCCUCAAGGAACUCAGCUACCAAGCACAGGGAGAUCUGAGUCCAAUGGCAGCCUUCUUUGGUGGCCUUGCUGCGCAGGAAGUUCUCAAAGCUGUCUCUGGCAAAUUCCAUCCUGUCGUUCAGUGGUACUAUUUCGACUCUCUGGAAUCACUCCCCACAUCGGUCUCGCGGUCUGAGGAAGAAUGUGCUCCGCUGGGAACCCGAUACGAUGGCCAAAUUGCCGUGUUUGGUAAAACCUUUCAGAAGAAUAUUUCCGAAAUUAAUGAAUUCCUUGUUGGUGCUGGUGCGAUCGGUUGUGAAAUGCUUAAGAAUUGGGCUAUGAUUGGCUUGGGAACUGGCGAGCAUGGCAAGAUUACUGUGACGGAUAUGGAUCAGAUUGAGACCAGCAAUUUGAACAGACAGUUUUUGUUCCGGCCUAAGGACGUUGGCCUGCCGAAGAGUGACACUGCUGCAAGGGCUGUACAGGCGAUGAACCCCGAACUUCAGGGGAAAAUUGUAUCCCUGCGAGAUCGCGUUGGUGUCCACACUGAGCAUAUUUUUAACGAAGAUUUCUGGGAGGAGCUCGACGGUGUAACAAAUGCCCUGGAUAACGUUGAAGCCCGAACAUAUGUUGAUCGACGAUGUGUGUUUUUCCAGAAACCACUGCUUGAGAGCGGAACGCUGGGUACCAAGGGGAAUACUCAGGUUAUCCUUCCCUGGCUCACCGAGUCAUACUCUAGUUCUCAGGAUCCCCCCGAACAGUCGUUCCCGAUGUGCACGCUAAGGAGUUUUCCGAACCGAAUAGAGCACACGAUUGCAUGGGCGCGAGAGUUGUUCCAGACAAGCUUCGUUGGACCUCCAGAAUCUGUAAAUCUAUACCUUUCUCAGCCAGACUUCUUAAAAACGACCCUGAAGCAGUCUGGCAAUGAGAAACAGACGCUGGAAAUUAUCCACAGUUUCCUCGUCACUAACAAGCCUCUCACUUUCGAUGACUGCAUUGUCUGGGCUCGUAACCAGUUUGAAGCCAACUUCAACAACGCAAUUCAGCAACUCUUAUAUAACUUCCCUAAAGACUCAGUUACGUCAAGCGGAACUCCCUUCUGGUCUGGCCCAAAGCGUGCGCCCACCCCACUGAAAUUCGAUGCCACCAACCCUACCCAUUUUGCUUUCAUUGUAGCCGCUGCGAACCUUCAUGCCUACAACUACGGAAUCAAGAGCCUCGAAGUGGAUAAGGGUCAUUAUCGAAAAGUUCUUGAUGACAUGAUCAUUCCCGAAUUUACACCUAGUUCCUCUGUAAAGAUCCAAGCUAAUGAAAAUGAACCUGACCCGAAUGCACAAUCGGCUUUCACUGACGAGGAGGAACUGCAGCGUUCCAUCGCUGCCCUCCCACCACCUGGCUCCCUCGCCGGAUUCCAAUUGGAUGUCGUUGAAUUCGAGAAGGAUGAUGAUACCAACCAUCACAUUGAUUUCAUCACUGCAGCCAGCAACCUACGUGCCGCAAACUACGACAUCCAACAGGCUGAUCGACACAAGACCAAGUUUAUCGCAGGCAAGAUUAUCCCUGCCAUCGCCACGACAACCGCACUGGUCACGGGCCUGGUGAUCCUUGAACUGUACAAGAUCAUUGACGGCAAGCCAGAUGCGGAUCAAUACAAGAACAGCUUUGUAAAUCUUGCACUUCCGUUUUUCAGCUUCAUCGACCCGAUCAAAAGUCCCAUGGACAAGUAUCAUCAUAAGGGCCGCGAGAUCUGGUUCCACAAGCUCUGGGAUCGCUUCGAAGCGGAUGAUGUUGUGCUCAAGGACUUCUUGAAGAGCUGUGAGGAGGAGAAUGGAUUGGAUAUCAACAUGAUUAGUUCUGGGGUUAGCUUGUUGUAUCCGGUCUUUAAUAAAGGCCCUGAGGUCAUGAAGAAGCGGCUGCAGAUGAAGUUGAGUGAGCUUAUUCAAUCUGUCAGCGACAAGGCUAUCCCCGAUCAUCAGAAGUAUGUUAUCUUUGAAUUCCUGGCACGCGAUGACACUGAUGAAGAUGUCGAUGUCCCCUAUGUAAGUGUGAAGGUGGAUAAGCCGAAGAAGGAUGCUGAGAUGAAGGUGUAG